UUGUUGAGGUCAUAUCACCUUUAAUUCCACUAGAGGGAAGCAAAGGAUCCACCUCCUGCGGUACAACCGAAGAAAAACGACUUCCGUUGUCUAUUGGCCGAGUUCCUUGAGUGCUAAUGUUAGCUUAAGGGUGGUAGCUGGUUAGACAGAGAGGUGUCAGGCAUGUAUGCCUCUGGGAAGUACAGCUCUCGGGGCCCUGCUCUUAUCCCUCGGAUGAAAACCAAACACCGCAUUUACUACAUCACUCUCUUCUCUGUGGUGCUGCUUGGAUUGAUUGCCACUGGAAUGUUUCAGUUCUGGCCACACUCCAUUGAAUCCACAGCUGAUUGGACUCUGGAUAAACGCAGUGUCCACGAUGCACCACUGGUUCGCCUUACUCUUUCCAGCCCAAUUCCUGAAAGAGGCGACCUGAGCUGUCGCAUGCACACAUGCUUUGAUGUGUACAGAUGUGGCUAUAAUCCCAAGAAUAAAAUCAAGGUUUACAUCUACCCUCUACAACGGUUUGUGGAUGAAAUGGGCGUUCCUAUCAGCAGCACUGGGCUAUCACGAGAAUACAAUGACCUGCUCAGUGCCAUCUCAGACAGCGAUUUCUACACUGAUGAUGUCACAAGAGCGUGUCUUUUUAUCCCAUCAAUCGAUGUGCUGAAUCAGAACUCCUUGCGCGUCAGAGAAACAGCCCAGGCUCUGGCCAUUCUUUCCAGGUGGGACAAAGGAAUGAAUCAUCUGCUCUUCAACAUGUUACCUGGAGGACCCCCAGACUAUAAUACUGCCUUGGAUGUCCCCAGAGACAGAGUUCUCCUGGCUGGAGGUGGGUUUUCUACAUGGACUUACAGGCAGGGUUAUGAUGUCAGCAUCCCAGUGUACAGUCCUCUUUCUGCAGACAUUGAUCUUCCUGAGAGACAGCCCGGGCCACGUCACUACUUUAUUCUGUCUUCUCAAACGGCCAUCCACCGAGAGUACCGCGCUGAGCUGGAGCGCUUAAAAGAAGAAAAUGGUGAAGCGUUGCUCCUGCUGGACAAAUGCAGCAACCUGUCUCAGGGAGCUGCAUCGGCAAGAAAACGCUGCUACAAAGGGCAGGUGUACGACUAUCCACAGAUCCUGCAGGAGUCUUCAUUUUGUGUGGUUUUGCGUGGAGCACGUUUGGGCCAGGCUGCCCUCAGUGAUGUGCUGCAGGCUGGUUGCGUCCCUGUCAUUCUGGCCGACUCCUACAUUCUGCCAUUCUCUGAAGUGCUGGACUGGAAAAGGGCGUCUGUGGUGAUCCCGGAGGAAAAACUGUCAGAGAUGUACACCAUUUUAAAAAGUAUCCCACACAGACAAGUGGAAGAAAUGCAGAGACAGGCUCGCUGGUUCUGGGAGGCCUAUUUCAGUUCCAUGAAGGCUAUUGGUUUGACGACGCUUCAGAUCAUCAACGACCGCAUCUAUCCAUACGCUGCACGCACCUAUGAGCAGUGGAACAAUCCACCUGUGGUGAAAUGGACCAGCGUGAACAGCCCUUUGUUUUUGCCACUAAUUCCACCAAGGGCGCCAGGAUUCACAGCUGUGGUGUUGACCUACGAUCGUGUUGAAAGCCUUUUCAGGGUCAUUACUGAAAUCUCCAAGGUACCCAGCUUGGCUAAACUUCUGGUGGUUUGGAAUAACCAGAACAAGAGUCCUCCUGAGGAAUCGCUUUGGCCGAAAAUCGGCGUUCCUCUCAAAGUGGUGCGUACCAAGGAGAACAAGUUGAGCAACCGCUUUUUUCCCUAUGACGAAAUCGAGACAGAAGCUGUGCUCGCCAUCGAUGAUGACAUCAUCAUGCUGACUUCGGAUGAGCUGCAGUUUGGCUAUGAGGUUUGGCGGGAGUUCCCAGACAGGUUGGUCGGUUACCCAGGCAGACUGCACCUCUGGGAUCAUGAGAUGGGGAAGUGGAAGUACGAGUCAGAGUGGACCAAUGAGGUCUCCAUGGUCCUAACUGGAGCUGCCUUCUAUCACAAGUACUUCAACUACUUGUACACCUACAAAAUGCCAGGAGACAUUAAGAACUGGGUGGACGCUCACAUGAACUGUGAAGAUAUUGCCAUGAAUUUCCUGGUGGCCAACAUCACAGGCAAAGCUCCAAUAAAGGUAACACCGAGGAAAAAGUUCAAGUGCCCGGAGUGUACGGCCAUUGAUGGACUGUCCCUGGACCAGACACACAUGGUGGAGAGAUCGGAGUGCAUCAACAAGUUUGCUUCAGUGUUUGGUACGAUGCCCCUGAAGGUGGUAGAACAUCGCGCCGACCCGGUUCUCUACAAAGACGACUUUCCUGAGAAGCUCAAGAGCUUUCCUAACAUCGGCAGCCUCUGACUAAACAAUGACCAAGGUUUGGACCUGGUCACAACCUCAACACUUUAGGAUUCCUCAUCUUUUAUAUGGAGACAUUCAGACAUGUAUGGUUGGUACGACUUUGUCAGUUCUUUACUUUGUUGAAAGUCAGGAGGUGAGUUGGACCGUCCAGCACUGACCGUGGAAACUUAAAAAAAAAAAGGUUUGA